UUCAGUUGAGUUGCAAAUGCAACAGAAUCAAGUAUUAUCGUAAAACUUUGUUAUUCUGAAUGAAAAGCGAUAGUAAAUAGUAAAAGAAAAUGAUGAUAACAAGAAGAUGAAAAUGAGAGAGAGAAAAAAGAAAUAGAUAAUAGUAAUAUAACAUGAUCAUCGUCAUAAUCAUCUUUCAAUUACAAUUUAACAUUAUUAUUACUUGAUUAAGAUUAAGAAUCCAAGUGAAAAUCAAAUCAAAUUGAAAUCCAAAAUCAAUUAGAAGACGAGAAAAAGAGAGAGACAAAAAAAAUAAUUUACCGUUAGUUUUAUCAUCAUCUUCUUUAUCAUCACCAUAAUGUACAAAAUGAGAUUGAAUAGAUGACCAAAAAGUGAUGAACAAAAAGGUUUGAUUAAAUACUAAAGGAUGAGGAUGAAAAAAAAGUGAUACAAAAGAGGAAGAUGAAAAAAAAAUCUGAUUAAGAUGAAAACGAGUAAUUGAUUUGAUAUUAUUACCAUUACAUGAUAUAUAUUAUCAUCAGUGUCCAUUAACUCAACUGUAUUUGUUUGUUUACCUUGAUAUUUGUGGACAAGAAACUUCAUCAUCUUCAAUGGUGAUUCCAUUGGUUCUGAGAUUCAUCAUGAAAGACACAAGAUUUAUCAACAAUUAACCAAUGAAAACAUUUCAUUGAAUUGUAAUUUCAAAUCACAUAACUAACUUUUUUUUCUGGUGCUUCCAACAAUCAGCUUUAAUCAUAAAACAAGUGAUAUUAAUUGUUAUACAAUCAAAUUAAAUCAUCGGAAAAAUUUAAUCUAUUAUUAUCAAAUCAAUAUCAUCACUUGAUAACUUAAUUAUCUAAUGAUAACACUAAUCAAUUGAUUGUGUCCCAGUUUGUUUGUGUGCGUCUUUUUAAUUGUUUACUUAUACUCGUUGUGUGUGUUAAUCAUUAACUGUUUACCUUUUAUUAUUUUUGUGUAUUAAUUUUUUGAUAGUUAAUUCAGUUAUAUAAUAAUAUAUAUACCUGUUGGUUACAAGUCUUGAUCAGCAAACAAUCAACAAUCAAUAAACAUGAAAUCAGCCCACGGAUUUUACUAUUAUUAUUAUUUUUAUCAAAAUGUUUCGAGUCACGUUAUCAUCAUCAUUUUGCUAUUAAUUUUUACACAAUCAAUAAAUUAUAUUGAAUCAUAUCAACACCACCGUCAUCAUCAACAUCACCACAAUUACGAGCAACAACAACAUGAUGAACCGAUGAAAAUUGAUUCAACAAUCAAUUAUAACACAGAUGAUCAACAGUUAACAAUAUCAUCGCCAUCAAAUAGUAAUCGGGAUGAAGAUAAUAAUAAUCAAUUAACAUCAUCAUCCAGUUCUGAUGAUGUUGAUCUUAAUAGUUAUACCAAUGGAUUACCUGAGUUUACCGAUCUUAAUCCAUCAUCAUCAUUGUCAUCUUCGUCUUCAUCAUCAUCUUUAUCAUAUUCAUCACUUGAAUCAACAUCAAUCUCACCAAUAUCGACAAUUCUUAAUCUCCAAGGGACUUUCAAUUCAUUUGCUCAAUUUAAAAGUUGGAUUAUCAAUCGUAAUCAACACCAAUCAUCAUCUCAAUUACAAUUACCAAAUUUAUCGUUAUCCAUACGUACCCAUGAACCUAAUUCACUCAUUUUUUACUCACAAUCAUCUGAUUGUUGUGAUUACAUGGAGUUAAAGCUUGUUGAAGGUGUUUUAAGGUUAAGAUUCAAUCUGACAUCCGGAAGUUCAGUAAUUUCAAUUGGCCGGAAUUUGCAUGAUUAUCAGUGGCAUCUAAUUGAGAUAAUAAUCAGCAAGGAAUCACUUAUGUUAAAGAUUGAUGGAGAAACAUCAAUUAGGAGUCUUCGUCCAUCAGCUGACCAUCAACAUGAAAAAUCAACUAAAAUGGAUUACCUGUUUAUCGGUGGAUUUCCUGUUAACAGUUAUCCAUCUGAAUUUGUCAAUCUUCAUCUUCCAUGGAUAUUAUUUGAACCAACAUACAGAGGUCAAAUUAAAAAUAUUAUUUACCAAAGUGAAGAUGAUAACAAUUUAAUCACUGGAUCUUCAUCAAUUAAUCAUCAUCGACAAGAACCAAUUAAGUGGAAUGGCCUCCGUCGUGAUACAAGUGAACCCUGUUCAGAUUCUGAUCCAUGUAAUCAUGGUGGGACUUGUAUUAAUACCGAUUCUGGUGCUGAAUGUGAUUGUCGAGGUCUCGAUUAUAUCGGUGAUCAUUGUGAUAAACCUAAACACUCGCCUGAGGCCACAUUUCGAGGACAAGAAUUCAUUUACUUUAAUAACAUUUCCAAGUCGAUUUUAAGUUCAUCGGAUGAAAUUUCAUUGUACUUUAAAUCGCGACAAUCAAAUGGCCUAUUAUUUUACGCUGGUGACGGAAUCUCUGAUUAUCUUAAUUUAGCAAUUAGAGAUGGAGGGGUCACCCUGUCAGUUAAAUUGGGUAACAAUUUAUCCGAACGAAUUGUAAAACCAGCGAGAAUCCGAUUCGACGAUAAUCAAUGGCACAAAGUUCUAGUUCAUCGAAAAGUUCGUGAGAUGAAUCGUGCAAUCAGUUUUUGUCAUUUUUCAAUAACCAUUGAUGGUGUUUACGGAAAGAGGUUCAACUACAGGUUCAUUUUCCUAUUGUCCAGUUCAAUACUUUUUAUCGGAGGAAGUGACCAUUUUGAACAACUUCCGGGCUCAAGGGUACAAAGCAACUUCAUUGGCUGCCUUAGGAAGGUUGAAUUCAUUGGAGAUUCAAUGGUUCUGGAUAUACUUGAUUUAGCUAAAAGUGACCUCAAUUUGUUACAAGUAAAAGGAAACAUUGUCGACUCUUGUCAGGAAGUUGAAGCUGCUGAUCCGAUAACCUUUACAACCAAAGACUCAUUUCUAGCAUUACCCCGGUGGGAAGCGAUCAAGGGAGGCUCAUUGUCUCUUAAGAUACGAACCAAUGAACCAAGUGGUGUUCUCAUGUAUAGUUCAGGGAAAACUAAUGGAAAUAGUUAUUCGACACCUUCCGUCUUGUCUUCUUCAUCGCUUUCAUUUUCUUCAUCCAGUUCUAACUCUGGAUCGAUAUCAAAUCAACCACCAAGUGAUUUUUUUGCACUCGAAUUACUUGAUGGGCAAAUCUAUUUACUACUCAAUUUAGGUUCUGGACCAAUUAAGGUAAAAGCAUCAGCUCGUCGAGUUGAUGAUUCUCAUUGGCAUGUGAUAACAUUACUUCGCACAGCAAAAUCAGGCCGAGUGACAGUUGACGAUGCAGCGGUUGAUUGUCACCCGGGAACAAACAAUCAACUUGAUCUGGAAAGUCCACUUUACUUAGGUAGUUUUGGUCCCUCUUUGAGUAAAGCUUUUAAUGAGGUUCCUCCGGAACUUUGGGCUGGUUCAUUAAAAUAUGGUUACGUUGGUUGUGUACGUGAUUUAGUUCUCAACAAUCAGGCCAUUGAUAUCGCCUCAUUUGCCCGUAAACAAGAUUCCGGUUCUGUGAAACCUUCAUGCCAUUCAUUGCCAAGUCACUGUGAUAAAAAACCUUGUUUCAAUGAGGGUAUUUGCAUGGAAGGAUGGAAUCGAUUUGUGUGUGAUUGUCGAGCAACGAGUUACACCGGACCAGUUUGCACCAAAGGUAAAAUCUGCACCUCUUGA